CGUUUUGUUUAGUAGUUCGAUCUUUUUGUUGUUGUUGUUCAUUUAGGGUUGGUUGGCUGUCUUUCGAAGAACUAUUUCGAGAGUCUUCUAAUGAAAACCAGUCGGUCAAGUCGUUAAGUUCUACACCUAUUACUAUAGUCUUCACCAGUGGAACAACAGGGAAUUCAAAAAUGGUCGAGAGUACACAAGGAAGCUGGGGCUUUCGACACCGUGCAGACAUGGAAAAACCUGGGAUUGGAAUUAUCCAGUCAGAUCUAUGCUGGUUUCACAGUUCAACUGGUUGGGCUGUACUUCUUGUCUCGGCCAUAUCAUCAUGGUCUGCUGGCGCAGGCAUCUUUGCCCAUUACAAAGACAUAGAAGCCAGAGAAGCGUUAGAAAUUCUCCAAACGUUUCCCAUUACGUCUGUCUUCUUCUUACCACGUAUCUACAUCGGUGCAGUAAAAGAGGACCUCAAAAGCUUCCACUUUCCAAGUUUAAGUAGUUGCAUUACAACUGGUGAACCAAUGAACAAAGAAGUCAUGCUCAAAUGGAAAGAAAAAACUGGGAUUGACCUCAGAGAAGUUUAUGGGCAAACAGAACUGGGUCCGAUAACCUGCAAACCAAGGAAUGGGGAGCACCGAAUUGGUUCCGUGGGUCCAGCAUGCCAUGGCGUGGAUGUGGUAGUUAUUGAUGAUAACAACCAAGAACUGUGUCCAGGAAAAAUUGGAAAGAUUGUAGUCCGUGUGAAACCUUAUCGUCCGGUGGGAUUGUUUAGUCGUUAUGUGGACGAUGCUGAAAAAACAGCAGCUCGUUUUUCAGGAGACUUCUACAUCACAGGUGAUCUUGGCUAUAAAGACGAAGACGGUUACUUCUGGAUUGUAGGACGAACCGAUGACAUCAUCUUUGUUAACGGGUAAGAAAAAAAAAGUACUGAUUAGCCAAUAGUACGAGGUUUUUUCCUGCAAAUAGACCGACAUCGAACGUAAGGAGUAAAUAUGAACAUUUAUAAUAUACUUUGUCCUUUAUAGUUUAACUUUAAAAGCUACCAAUUGACCCUUUUCAUA